GAGGAGGAGGAGAGAAGAAGAGAGGAGUGUUUAUAGUGAACUGAACUAAGAAUAAUCAUCACUUAUUUCAGGGAGUCUUUUACAGCAUGCUGACGAGGAUCGCUCUGUAAGACACUUGUCCUCCGUCUGAUCCGUGUGUCAGUGCAGAGAUGGAAGCCGCGGUUCAGGAGGAGUGUGUGGGCGGAGCAGGAGGAGGAGGAGGAGGAGAAGAAGCCGUCCUGCAGCUCCACCUGCUCUGUGAUCCUCCUCCGUCUCUGUCCUGCACGGUGUCGGUCGUGACCGAUCUGUCCAUGGCCGACAUUUCGGACCUCUACGCUGAAGUGUGUGAGCUCAGAGAGCUGGUGUGUGCGCUGGAGGAGUCUCUACAGCGACAGAAAGCCAUGAACACUCGCCAGGAUGAGACGCUGUGCUCGCUGUGUAAAGCUCAGCUCCGCCCUCCUGACGCUAGACAGAGUGUGUGUGGCGACCGUGAGGAAGGGCGUGUGUCACACACUCCAGUGAAGGUGUGUUCGGUGAAGGUGGUGGACUGUAGGACCAUGGAACUGAUCCCGCCUGUGGCCAGUGACGAGGAGGGAGAACCGAACCCGGACGAAGAGGAAGUGAGCGCCCCCUGUAACAGCGACAAUGGCGGCAGUCAGUCUCCUUCUCCUAAAAGACAAGGUAACAGAAACAAACACCAAAACCGAGAUUCGUCACGCUACUCUGAAGCGAACGGAGACGCUGAGGAGGUAAAAAGUGUCUGCGGCGUUCGAGAGAGACGGUUCAGAUGCUCGCAGUGCGAUAAAAGCUACAGCUCGGCACAAAGCCUGCAGAAGCAUGUGAAGAGACACUCCAAGGAGAUGCGUUUCUGCUGCGAGGAGUGCGGGAAGGGGUUUGUGACAUCGGCCGAGCUGAAACUGCACUCCAGUCGCCACACGGGCGUCAGCAGCUUCGUCUGCGAGGUGUGCGGGCUUCACCUCGCCGGCUCGUCCGGCCUGAAAGCGCACAUGAUGAUGCACAGGGACGAGAGACCGUUCUCCUGCAGGGAGUGCGGCAAGACGUUCCGGACGAAGGGGAACCUCAAGGCGCACCUGAGGACACACACCGGAGAGAAACCGUACCGCUGCUCGUACUGCGAGCGCACCUUCAGCCAUGCGCCACGCGUCAAGAUCCACGAGCGCUCGCACACCAACGAGAAGCCGUUCAAAUGCCAGACCUGCGGAAAGAGCUUCUCGCGCGUGGAUGGGCUCCGGUCGCACGAGAGUGUCCACACAGGCGCGAAGCCGUACCAGUGCUCGCACUGCGGGAAGAGCUUCCGCCAGUCCGGACACCUGCUGUGUCACGAAAGGACGCACACCGGAGAGCGGCCGUACCUCUGCUCCGACUGCGGGAAGAGCUUCUCCAACUACGGGCACUUCCGCAGCCACCGCCGCAUCCACACCGGCGAGCGGCCCUACCAGUGCGCAGAGUGCGGCAAGAGCUUCAGCAAGCAGUCCACCUUAUACCAUCACAGCAAGACGCACACCGGAGAGCGGCCGUACAAGUGCACGCAGUGCGACAAGACCUUCGCCCGGAGCUGCACGCUCAAGCAGCACCAGAGGAUGCACUCGGGGGAGAAGCCGUACCAGUGCGUCGUCUGCGGAGACAAGUUCGCGUUCCUUAGCUCGCUACACCAACACCGCAAGAAGCACUGGCAGGACGGCUUGCAGGAUGGCGCUGCCACACAGGCGCUCUCCGCACAGGCGCUCGCCACGGGGAUCUCCUCAGAAGCGCUGCCUGAGACAUCGUUAAAAUAACUCUCGGCGUAGACCAGACUGGAGCUCGAAGGGGGGGGGGUAUACACCAAGUGUCAAAGGUGCAACACGCAUCUUAUUCCUGCACUACACACCCAGGGACUACGCAGUGUGUGUAGUGUAUGCGUGUAUAUUAUGUGUGUGUGUGUGUAAGACUGCAAUAUAUUGUGUCCAUUAUGAACGAGACAUUAAUCGACCUCGAGUCAGACAUCAGGUCUUUCUCUGUACUGUGUAACGCUUUAAUCGGAAAUCUAAUUCAGAUCAAUAAAUAGAUCAAUACAUGCUUUAAGUGUUUAUUUAUUUAUU